CGGUAAUUUUGCUUGUGACGUCACAAUGCACAACGUGACAACGUCUGAAGCGCAAAGUGACAACCAUUGAUUCAUCGACGAUGAACCGCAAACCGCUUCCUGCAAUUGCAUCUCGUGCAAAACCUUCUUUGGGUUACGCAGAAAAUGUACCUAGACUUCCUCUACCGCCCAUCUGCAGAGUGCCAACACCACAUACUUCUGGACAGCAGCAGCUGCUACCUCAACGUACUCACCACCUUCCUCUAAAGUUGCCACCUAUAAGUACAGGCCUUCAUCAGCUGGCGCUUGAGCUGGAUAGUAACGGUGAAGUUACCGCGUGUUCUCCUCAUUCCCCGCCGUAUACUCGUUCUGGAGAAAGGCUGACACCGGAAGUUGAAGUGCCCCACCUAGAUCUUACGGCGAUCACAGGAUGUAGACCCGGAUCCUCACUUUCCUAUCGCCCUGCCUCCUCACUUGGGUCCUCGGCGUCAAGUGCCGACUAUCAAAUCUUAUUCAGCCCUAACAGUCUGUCAGUCACAAGAUGCGAGCGAAAUUUCGACAAUUUACCAGACCAGCUGAAUACCUCUUAUCGACCCACCUCACUUGGAUCCUUUCCAAAAUCCACAGACCGGAAGUUCUGUGAACCAUAUACUCCUGCCAGACCGAAUCAGAAAAGUGUUCGUCGGUUGACUCGACGAGGACCAUUUUAAACCCAAGGGUUGCUGGGACUGGAUUUGUGUGCGUGUGCGCACAUGGCUGCUGAGGCCGAUCCUGGCACGGAUGUUUUUGUACUUAUGGGAUAUGGUAUGAGUGAGAAGACUUCUUGAUGGUUUAAGAGUGUCAUGGAAGCGUUUUGUAUGCCCACCAUGGGACCGCUGGCUAUGCUGCAACUCGCCAUUUCAGGAAUAUCCAUGUCCGUUGCGAGGAUAAAAAUGCGAAAAUGUAGACAUAUCAUUCCGUCUUUAAUAAUAAGAAAGAUGCAUUUCUUACGGACCGUAUUGAUUUAAGAAUUCAACACAUAACACAGCGCGUAAACAAAUCAUACAAUUUGAAAACACUCAACACAAUAAAAACACAGCUGUACUACAUAACACGUUAUUUGUGUAUUUAUAUAUCUUUUGUAAAAACGGGCAUCACAGGUAUCUAAGGAAGUUAUAUGCCUCCAAUUCCAGGCUCAUCUUGUUUUCGGACGUAAUUAUUUAUACUAACCAUCGCAGUUUCAUACGUGUAUUGUUGCAAAAAACAAUUAUGUGAAUGCAUACGUUUUUGACAUGAG